GUGUAAAGGCAGACUACAGUUCAGUAAAGAACUUAUUUAUUUUAUUAUAUAUAUAUAUAGUUGAUUAUCAUCAAACAUGAAGUACGCUACAAUCAUCGUAUUUUUCGCAUGUAUCGCGGGACUUUCCGCUAUCCAGUUAAAAUGCGCCCAUCAAGAUCUGGAUAUUCCUAAAGAAUGGAUAGACAUGAACAACGUUUGCGUAAACAGAAUGAGACAACAAAUCGAAGAUGAACUUAAAGCUUCGAUGCAAUAUUUGGCUAUGGGAGCUCACUUUUCUCGAGAUACAGUCAAUCGACCAGGUUUUGCUGAUUUAUUCUUCAAAGCUGCCAGCGAGGAAAGGGAACACGCCAUCAAAUUAAUCUCCUAUUUGCUCAUGAGGGGAGAAUUAACCUCUUCAGUCAGUGAUCUCAUCAAAAGGAAUCUAUCCCCACCCAUCACUUCAUGGGAUAGUGGAGUAAGUGCUUUGAAAGAUGCCCUUAAAUUAGAAGCCACGGUUACUAAAAAAAUCAGAGACGUCAUUAGAGUAUGCGAAGAUGCAACCAACUACAACGAUUACCAUCUCGUUGAUUACUUAACUGGCGAUUUCCUCGAAGAACAAUACCACGGACAAAGAGAUAUUGCAGGAAAAGUGUCCAAUUUGGAGAAAUUGAUGGCGAGUCAUGGAAAACUUGGAGAAUGGCUGUUCGAUAAGAAGCUCCAAGGUUUAGAUAUUGUUUAAAUAUAGUCUGUAGGACAAGUUUUAAAUUAUAGAAUUUACACCAUUUUUUUUGUAAUAUAGUUGUCAUUCCCAAAAGGAUUUUUUAUGUUCGAUGUUGAAGAUACUUCAGUAAGAGAAAAAUAAAAAUUUUUGUGAACA